AUCGACUUUCUUUUUUGUACCCAUUUGUCUGAAGGGACGAUGACGGUUUGCGUCCGAAAUGGUUGCACGCGCUGUGGCCUUUACGAUGCCCUGACAACGACGGUUCCCGCGAGAAAAGGCUCCUGAAACUUUUUUGGGUGCGCGUCUGAUGCGAGAUUCUCAGGCCUCCGCUCAGCUGCUGACAUGCGGGCGUAAUUGUGGCGGGUCAUGCGACCAAUUAGCCAGAUAAGGAGGCGUCUGUCGCUCCCUGCAGCGGAAUCUUGAUAAGUCUACAAGAGCCUGCAUGCACAACACGCCUAACUCACUCUGUCCUAAUUGCAUUAUUUGUAUGUGUGUGUGUUAGCGAUGGGCUGCAAUUGGAAUACAACAACUGUCUGCGCUGUUUCGGUCCCAAUUCCGCCUUAUACACUUACUCGAGAUUACAUCAUCAAUGAGCGUAAUAAAUGAGUGCUUAUCAACGCGUUGCCUUUAUAAAUGUUGUCCUCGUAAUUGGCUCCGUGUGCCCCAAUUGGUUCACUGGGUGCGUCGUUCACUUAAAAUGAGGGCUAGGCCGAUUAUCGGCAUUUUGGCGCACGUUGGCAUCAGAAAUCGAUUUCAAACUGGGUAAAGGUCCGGGAACCUUUUCUUUGUUUCAGUGUUUUGUUCACUUUACAAGAGAUGCCGCUGAGCCUGGGCACUGCCUGCACUUUUUGUCUUUGUUUGAACUAGAAGUGCAACAAUUGAUCGAUGAAUCGAUGAUCAAAUGAAUCCACUAUUUUGAGACCUUUUUAACUUACAAUUGGUAAGAAUUCUCAGAUUUCUGUGUUCCUGCAUGAAAGCAGACUGAUUUAUCUUUGGGACGAAAUAGAAACAAGACAUUUGCAAGCGACUUGAAAACCUGCAAAGGCGCUGGGCCUCUAUCGGCGAAACAAAAUACGGUCACCGUACAAUGUGCUUCUGCAAUGUACGUAUCGUUACACGUUCCCAAGAUGGCAGCAAAUGAGCGUGACAAACUACGGCUUUAUGGCCCUAAUUUGACCCUCGCGUGCAGCCAAUACAUUUGAUUAGCAUUAUUAGCUUUACAAAAGCAGAAUAUUUGAUCCGGCUGUUGCAUUGAGUGCAGCGUGUACUUGAUGUUUUGCGUGCGCGUGCGGCCGUGCUUCUCAGGGCGGCUGGAGCGACGUGGUGGGCCGUCGGCAGUCUCUGCUGACCUGCUUGCUGCUGAGCGCUUUCGGCUACGGCCUGCUGGGAUUGUCCACCAGCAUCGCUUUGUUUGUGCUGUCGCGCAUCCCCGUGGAGCUCUGCUGGCUGACCUGGUGUCCGAGGCAGAGCGCCCCCUGGCGAUGGGACACUUCAACGCCGCCUCCAGCGUGGGCUUCAUUCUGGGUCCCGUGGUGGGCGGCUACCUGACGGAGCACGAGGGCGGCUUCUACACCUCUGCCUUCGCCUGUGCCGCCAUCUUCCUCGUCAAUGCCGGGCUGGUUUGGAUGCUUCCAUGGGGAGACAUUCUCCUUCACUGUAACAGCACCAAUAACUCCAGAAACUCCGUCAGCAACGGUUCUUCCGCUAAAAGUCACACGCCGGUACGGACCGCCGCGGACGUGCGCGUUCCGAGGAAGCGGACGUCCCCGCCGCAGCCCGCCUGGAGACGGCUGUCCUCGGUGGGCUCCAGGAUCCGCAUGGUGGCCUCCUCCGACAUGUGGGACCUGUUCCUGGUGCGCCUGCUGAUGGCGGUGGCCAUCAUGCUCUACUACAGCAACUUCUCGUUGGCCAUGGAGGAGCGCUUCUCUCUCAAGCCCAAGACGACGGGCUACCUCAUCAGCUACAGCAGCACUCUGGGGGCGCUGGCCGGCUUCCUGGUGGGACCCGUCACCCGGCUGUACGCCAACAACAUGGCAGCCCUGCUGCUGCACUCCACCCUCCUGACAUGCCUGCUCAUCUCGCUGUACGCCGCCGCACAGGGCGUGUGGCAGGUGCUGCUCACCUCCACCUUCUUCGCCAUCUCCACCACGGUGGGGCGCACCAGCAUCACAGACCUGGAGCUGCGGAGAGGAGGGACGCGGGCCAGCGGGACUCUGAUCGGAGCCGGACAGUCGGUGACCGCCGUGGGCCGCGUGCUGGCCCCUCUGCUCUCGGGCAUCUCCCAGGAGUUCAGCCCGUGCGGACCUCCCGGUCUGGGGGUCCUGCUGGCUCUGGCGGCGGUGGGCGUUCUGCUCGUUCGCAUCCCCAAAUGGAACAAGACAAAAAUGGCAACUAAAAUCAAGUAAAAAAAAAAAAACUGGAGGAUGAACAGGAACAGAACAGUACAAAACACUGAAGAGUUUUUCUUUUUUUUUUUUUCCUCAGACUGUACAAACAUCAUUCGAGUGGGUUUUAAAUAUUUAAAUACUUUUUGAAUUGCUUUUUUUUUUUU